UCACUUCGAUUGGAUUGCCAUUCUUGUCAACACGAUUUGUGAGCUUAUCAAUCUUCAGGUCUGGUGAAAAGCAUUUUUGUGCGAUAAUUUAACUGAAAUAAUAGCAAAAAAUUGUGCCCGCAUGGAAGAUAGCAGUUCGAGUGAGCAAGUACCUAACGAAAUGAAAUCGAACGGUUCGGAAAAUGGAGUGAAAACGCCGUUCCUUAUCGGUGUCGGUGGUGGCACCGCUAGUGGCAAGUCCACGGUAUGCAAGAGAAUUAUGGAGCAGCUGGGCCAGGAGGACAUGGAUCACACACAACGACAAGUGGUAACUAUAAGCCAGGAUAGUUUCUAUCGGGAGUUGACAGCAGCAGAGAAAGCUCGUGCCCUGCGGGGACAGUUUAACUUUGACCACCCGGAUGCGUUCAACGAGCAACUGAUGUUAAAAACGCUGCAAGAUGUGCUGCAAGGUAAAAAGGUGGAAAUUAACGAGUACGACUAUCGGACAAAUUCCGUUUGUCCGGACCGAAAGCUUGUCAUCUAUCCGGCCGACGUGGUACUGUUCGAGGGUAUUUUGGUAUUCUACUAUCCGGAAAUUCGAGAUUUGUUCCACAUGAAGUUAUUUGUGGACACGGACUCUGAUACGAGGUUGGCUAGAAGAGUGCCUAGGGAUAUCAAAGAAAGAGGCCGAGAUUUAGAUCAAGUUUUGAAUGCCUACAUGACUUUCGUGAAGCCCGCCUUCGAAGAAUUUUGUUCGCCGACUAAGAAGUUUGCCGACGUGAUUAUUCCACGUGGUGCAGAUAAUACAGUCGCCAUCGAUCUGAUCGUCCAGCACAUUCGCGAGUUUUUGAACAACCGCACCCGGCAGGACCACAGCCCCCAUCUGGCGACGAGUGGCACCAGUGCGUUGAAUCUUCCCAGGGGUCGAGCUACCUUCAAACACUAAAAAAACAGUAGAAACAACACCACAAGAAGCUGAUUUUUUCUGCUGAGUUGGUUUGAUAUUUGCUAGCGUUACACCUUCACCAAGGUUUUGCAAUAUCGCCUAACGAUGUAGUGUGACUAAUCCCUUAGUUCGGCUAUCAAUAGCGUGUUAGUUCGGAAUACAACUCACAUAACAGCCAGAGCGCAAUUAGUGAAACAUAUUCAUCCAAAAGCAAACUCUAAAUUUCAUCAAAUCGACUGAUUGUUCCAAUUGUCAACGAGCGCGAAACUGCAAUGUCCUUUUAUUGAUGCAUUUAUUUCCUCUUGAUCUGAAUCCCAACCAUUCUAGUCCGUUACUUCGUUUUCCAUUAGGAAGUCAGUGUCCAAAGCCGAAAGUAGUGCAAGGCCUUAAAAAAAUGUAAAAACACAUUCAUUUAACUACUAACCAAGCAGCAACAUUAGAAUACAAAACAAAAAUACCAAAAAUUAGUGCUAGCUUCUAAAAAAACUGGUAAAUUUGACUACCAAAUUAAUAAAAACUUUUGAAAUACGACCUGCUGGAAAUUCUACGAUAUUUAUUGUUUUCCUAUUUAUACCACAAUGGAUACUCUAUCGUUUUUUCCCGCACGUAUUCGAUGUACUCGAAAAAAUUAUUUAAAAAAACGUAAAACUUCCUCCCUACAAAAGAAGAGAACACCCCCAGUCCUGCCGAACCGGGCGCAACAGCCUUUCGGCGUUUUUCAUCGACCGUCAUCAACAGGAAGCUGUUCUCCUUUGUACUCAACUACUGAGUUAGAAACAAUAGAAAAACCAACUGCAUCCGCAGUAAUGGACAGCAAACAUUGUAGCAGUUGUUAAAGUAACAGAAAAACAAACACAAAAAUUAACGACAAACAAUAGUGGUAGAGCAAUAACCUAGCGUUUAGGGCGGAAAAGUGUUUGCCCCCGUAGAUAGUCGGCAUUCUGACAUUAGACAAAAACCCCAUCCCAGCUCUGCAAUUUGGUGGCCUUUUGGAACUAGAGUAGUAGAAAAUGAAAAACAAAACAGGUAAAAUGUCUAUUUUACGUCUAUUUAUUGUGAAGAAAUUGUACACAUCCGUUUAUCGAAGCACUGCGCUAUGCGAUGCAAUUAAAAUUACUAUUGAUUUAUGUACACUAAAUAACCACCCAAAUAGCAACUACUUUAGUGAGCUGAAGAAUUUAUUUUGCGGAAGUGACAUUUUGAAGUGAGUUUUUAUGUAUCUACAUUAAGUUUUUAAAUGCAAAAUUGUAUCUAAUAACGCUAUCUUAUUA